AUGCAGAUACUGUCUCCUCAGCUACUGCUGCAGCAAGUGCAGCAACAGCAGCAGCAGCAGCAGCAAAUGCAGCAGCAGCACAUGCUGCAGCAACUGCAGCAGCAAGUGCAGCAACAGCUAGAAAAGUUGCAGCAUCAACAGCAGAAGGGUAGGGAAAAGGAAGACCAGCAUAUACAACAACAGCAGCAGCAGCAGCAGCAGCAGCAGCAGCAGCAGCAGCAGCAGCAGGGGAGCCUAGAGGAGAGACUAAGAGUUAUAGAUAUAGGAGACAGAAGAGGGUACGAAGUGUCUCCUUUUAUUAGACAUUCAGCUGUACGUGUCCCUAAGGGUAUAGAGGAGAGGUGCCGCUGCGCUGCAGUGCUGGUGCUGCAGCGGCUGCAGCAGCAGCAGCAGCAGCAGCAGCAGCAGCAGCAGGAGCAGCAAGAGGAGGAGGAGAAGCAAGCAAUAAUAUUUUGCUGCAGCAGACAUGAUGUAUCCUUAUUAGCUUCUCAUCCUUUGCUGCAGCAGCAGCAAGCGCAGCAGCUGCAUGCAGAGAUGACGCAGCAGCAAAGGAGACACACCUUGCUGCUAUUUAGGGAAAAAAAAAUAAAUAUAUUAAUAUGUACAGAUCUUGCUGCUAGGGGCCUCCUAUUCCCUCCUUCUGUCUCCUUUAUAUUUAUGUAUGGGGGCCCCCCUCUCUCCCCUGAGGUGUACGUACACCGCGCUGCCUGUCUAGGCACACAUAAGGAGACACAUAAGGAGACACAUAAGGGGACAGGGGAAGAAAAGGAGAUAUAUAAGGAGAAGAAAGGAGACAAUAAUAAUAAGGAGAAGAAAGGAGACAAUAAUAAGGAGAAGAAAGGAGACAAAGGAGACUAUAAUAAUAAGGAGAAGAAAGGAGACAAUACUAAUAAGGAGGGAGACAAAGGAGACAAUAAUAAUAAGGAGAAGAAAGGAGAGAAUAAUAAUAAGGAAAAGAAAGGAGACAAUAAUAAUAAGGAGAAGAAAGGAGACAAUAAUAAUAAGCAUAUAGGGGAAGUAAUAGUAUUCGCAGCAGCAGCAAUGGGGUGUGCUGUAUUAGAGACACGUAAUAGUUUGCUGCAGUUGCUGCAGCAAAUACUGCAGCAGCAGCAGCAGCAGCAGCAAAUUGGACGUAUUGCUCUUACCCGUAAAGGUUAUGUAGUUGAGGUGUCUCCUGCAGCAGCAGCAGCAAUUAAACUGUCUCCUCUUAUUAAGGAAAGAGGUAUACGUGUCAUCUUCCUUACCUCCUUACCACCUCUUGUGCAGCAGCAGCAGCAGCAGCAGCGCAACAGACAGCAGCAGCAGCUGCAGAGACACCGCAACUAUGCACGAGGCAUUCACGGUCCUUCUUCUCCAAGAGCAAGAAGAAGCAGAAGUCGCAAAACAAUCCCUAAGACAAAGACUGCAGCAGCAAAGAAGGAAAAGUCAUGCAAGACCUGCAGCAGCAGCAGACAGCAGCACCAGGAGCGACAACAACAACAACAACAGCAGCAGCAGCAGCAGCAGCAGCAAGAGCAGCAGCAGCCGGAACGCUACAUCCUAACGCAACAUCUACAUUAUGUGCUAUUGGCUAGCAACAACUGCAGCAGCAACUCAGCAACAGCAACAACAACAGCAGCAGCAGCAACUCAGCAACAGCAACAACAACAGCAGCAGCAGCAACAACAACAGCAGCAGCAACAACGACAACAGCAACAGCAACAGCAGCAAGAGCAGCAAUAA